AUGGCUGGUAGCAGUAUUUUUGUUUCUUCAAAUAAAUCUAGAUUAAAUAAUGUAACUUUGGAUGACUGUGUAUUUCGGGAGAAUAUUGGCUUGACAGGAAUAAUAACAAUCAUAGUUGCUCCGGUCUUCGGGACGCUCGCUGCAAUCUUUCUUCUCUAUGCCUUCCACGUCCUCAUUCGUUGCAAGAGAGGUUUUCUUCGACCUGACAUUUCUCCCUACCUUCAAGCCAGCGUCAAAACAGUGUUCCUUGGCUACGUGACCCUGGCUACCGUCAGUAUUUCGCUAAUUCGCUGUGUCCCCGUUGCAGGCAAGCUCAGAUGGUUUUACAAUGGAAACGUCGCUAGUCCGCAUGUUUGUCGAUCUGAAGACGAACAUGCCGAGGAAAGCGAAAAUUUGAGCGCUUUAAAAGAGUUGCUUCUAGGUCCAUACGCACAGCCAAAUGAAACGAGCAAGCGAGGAGCUUUGUAUUGGCAGAGCAUUUUGAUUGCUCGUCGAUUUAUUUUGGUUGUAAUAUUUUGCGUGGUGACCGAGCCAUCCAUCAGAUUAUUCUGCAUGACGCUUGCUUGCCUUUUCAUUCUAUGGCUUCAUCUCAAAAUUAAACCAUUUCAAAAUUCUUUCUCGAACAACCUCGAGUCCAUUUCCUUGAUGUUUUUGAUAGUUUUAGCUCUGAUAAACCUGUUUAGGUCCGUGUUUUCUAAUUCUCAUCAAAACAUCGAGGGACCUUUGGUGCCAGUUUUUAAAGCUUUCAAAUGGCUGGAGGUUCUUACUUUAGGGAUGUUUCCUGCAAUUCUUGUUCUUCUUGUAUGCUUUGCGAUUAUUUCGAUAUUCGCUCGUUUUCUUUUCGUUUGCAACGACAAAGAAAAAGAAGCCAACGAUGUCAAAUCACCUGGCCAAGAAAUGGAAGAAACGAUCCUGAAGCGUUCCAAAGUCCUCCGCAAACUCCGCCACCACAAGAAGAACUCGCACUAA